AGCCCGCUCCUUUGUGCAAACGAGCCGGUCAGAGUGAGCAGCAGCUGCAGGCGCGCAGGCCUGUGCCGCACCCUUUGUGCUCCUCCCGGGACCCAGAGCGCGGAUCAGUGCGCGGAUCAGUGCGCGCAGGUAACGACCAGCCCAACUACAGGAAGCAGCAGGGAAGUGCCAACACAGGUGAAGGAGACCAGACACCGCCUGUGGGACGCAGAGAAAAAGCUGGAAUGGAGUCUGGGUAGAAACAGAUAAAAGAAAAACACAAUAGUUCAGGAGAUUUGCUUUUUAUUUUGGCACCUCUGUUGGUGUGUUUUUGUUAGUUUUUUUUUUUUUUUUAAAUCUUUGUGCCCAGAAGGUGUUGGAAGUGCGCAGGAGGAGAGCUCAGGUGUGCAUUGUUUCUCCACUCGACGACUUCUUAUCAGGAUAUACUUGACAAAAGAGUUCCCAAACGCCAGGAGAGAUUGAACAUCCAGUGUCCAGACAGCUGCACCGCUUUGGCUGCGGACUUCAAACUGGAUCCCUCCAGUGCUCACCUGUCCAGCUCCAACCCUCUACAGCCGGACAGUGUGAAUGCUGCCUUAGUCCUUCCCCUCUGCUCUGUCUGCAGCGCCGCCCUCCUCUCUCCUCUCCUCUCCACCUCCUCUCUGAUCCCACAUCCACCUGAGGUCUCAGCAUGGAUACAAACACUGAGGAUAAAGAGGGAUGCUACUACAACCAGACUGUCAAAUUUUUCUAUGAGGAGAGUGGCAAGAACAUCAGCGCCCACUGGCGCAGACGUGACUAUGUGAUCGUCACUCUGGGAAUGACAGUUUGCUUCAUUGUUAUCUUUUCCAACCUUUUGGUCAUAGCGGCCAUUUUUAAAAACCGGCGCUUUCACUUUCCCAUCUACUACCUGUUGGGUAAUCUGGCCUUGGCAGACCUUUUCUCAGGUGUCUCCUACCUCCACUUGAUGUUUCAUACCGGUCCCUGGACCAUUCGGCUGUCCAAGUACCAGUGGUUUGUGCGUCAGGGCCUGAUCGACACCAGCCUGACAGCCUCGGUCCUCAACCUCCUGGCUGUCGCUGUGGAGCGUCAGCAAACCAUCUUCAACAUGCAGCUGCACAGCAAGAUGAGCGCCCGGCGUAUUUUCGUCAUUAUAAUCGUCAUCUGGCUGUUGGCAAUAAUGCUGGGCCUGGUUCCCACCAUGGGCUGGCACUGCCUGUGCGACCUGCCCAAUUGCUCCACUAUGGCGCCGCUGUACAGCCGCAAAUACCUAAUAUUCUGGGCUGUUCUCAACUUGCUGACCUUCUCCAUCAUGGUGGCUGUCUACACCCGGAUAUUUCUCUACGUGAGGCACAAGAGCAAGCAGAUGUCUCAGCACACCACCCAGCAAAGACACAAAGAUACGGUGUUCAACCUGAUGAAGACCGUCUCCAUGAUCCUGGGCUGCUUCGUGAUCUGCUGGACGCCCGGCCUGGUCGUGCUGCUGCUCGACGGUCUGGCCUGUGAAUGGUGUCAGGUGCUGCGCUAUGAGAAGUACUUCCUGGUGCUGGCUGAGUGCAACUCCUUUGUCAACCCCAUCAUCUACUCCUUCAGGGACAAAGACAUGAGGAGGACCUUCAAGGAAAUCCUGUGCUGCCUGUGCCGGCGGAGCGAAAGAAGUGGGGGCACCUCUGAAGUUCACUUUAACUCCCUGGAGCAUGAGAAGUCUCAUAGCAUCGAGCCGAUAGAGAGGAGCAAUGGGACGCCUCUCAUCCCUGAGAAGAAGAAGACAUCAAAAGACGUCCCUGCCUCUUCAGAAAGCUGGAAGUAACUCAAACGACGAUCAGUGUUCAGUACGCUCAUGCUAUGCAUACACACACCUGACAGCAGAAAUCUACCGAUCUGUGUAUGAACCACAUAAACAAGCGCUCUUCCUCAGCCAGCAGACUGCUGUGGCAGGAAUCAGAAAGGAUUUAUUUUUUCCAGUUGGAUUUCUACCUCUGCUGCCCUUGGUCUCAUGAAGCCAUGGGGAAAAGAAGAACUGAUUGACUUCUCACAUCCAAAUGACAGCUCAUGCAUCUUCUAAUUUAAACUAAAGCUCUCUGUUGUCAGCACCCAGCUGACAUGAGGAGAUAACAGCCCCUUCACAACACGAGCUCAUUUCCUGGUUCCUGAUGAGAAACAAAUGAUCUGCCAGUUUUUCCCUGAAGGGACAGCGGAAGACGAAGAACACCUGGAACAAGCUUCGUGGACGAACUGACUGGAAACGUGUAGACUGUCGCAGAGCAUGUGACGGCGGAGCGUCGGCAAGUAAGGAGUCCAGCAACGGCACCUGUACAGUCAGCUGCCUGCUUAUCACCUGAUGAAGUGACAUUACCACAGCUGAUGGCAUAAUACAAGUUUUAUUGGACAGUAAAUCCUCCUUCAUGGAUAUUAUAUUUCAAGAUAAAUCAACAGUUUUUGAAGUUGUCGUGUGAUCAGAGGCAUUCCUGUUGUUUAGUCUCCUCGCUCUUGGGUGGACAAAAUAAGAGAAACACCCGGCUGUAUAAUGAAAUGCAGUUCAACCUCCAGAAAAUGAUCAUACAGCUGAAUGAACCAAGGGACUGCAGAUGGAAAUUAGCUUAAAGCUAACUCUGGUGCAAUAUGCCAAAUGGAAACAUUUAUGUUUAAUAUUGUACAUGGUCCCUUUUUAAAUAAACUGAUAAUAAUAAUGAACACCUUCAUGGAGGGAGGAUUUACAGCGUUGAAGUGUUCACUGGCAGCUGGGUGUUUAUCUAAUAGUUGGGAACCUGAUGCUAUCAGAGCUCAUUUAUGACAAAAGAAGAUACGAGUUUCUGUCAGAGGCCACUGCAGCUCAGAAAGGUCAACGCCACUCAUUGAUAAGGCUGUAAGGAAUUGGAAAGUGGAACUAAUGCUUUGUAAGUGGUUAAUGCGUUAUUGAUCACGCGUGGGUUAUUAUCAGCCUGACAUUUGGGUUGCCAGAUUGGGUAACUUGCUUAGUGUUUAUUCUUCAGUUCCCACAUUAGUAGACAGAUUGGUCAUUUGCAGAGCUGCAGAGCAAUUGCAUGAAAAUUCGGUUUCCUAAAAGCUGCUGCUUGAAGCCUUUUACUGUUCAAAUGGGUGCUGUUUUUUUGUACCCUUUUUUUUCUUCUUAAUUUUAAAACUGCCACAGUCACGAUGUCAGACUUAAUCAAUUUACUGGAUUUUAAUUUAGAGCCAUCAGUUUUAAUUAGCUGUCAAGAUAAACACACACAACAGACUAAAAAGUGGAUAAACUCACAAUGCUGAUUAAAUUGUUCAUAAUAUGGUAACCCAAAAUAAUUUUUCAUUCAUGGAUUGUUAUUAGUGUAAACAUAAUAUUUAUUAACAUUAAUAAAGCCUAAGCUAGAACAUGAAACACUGUUACAGCUUAUCUGCAUUUGUUCGGUACAAAUCAAAGCCAUCUUGUUGGGUUAGCUUGCUACAGAACUGUAUAUGUUGAAUAUUUACUCUUUUUUGCUCCAGUGUUUUAAGUGUAAAAUAUAUGUGUUAAAAAAAUAUUGGCUCAUUUCUGCCCCUCAUUAAGUGGAUGUUUUCUUGAUGUUUAUUAGUAAAUACGACAGUAAACACACUGUCUUGUCAUUUAAAAGGCUUUGGUGGUUACUGCGGUUUGGUUUGGGAAUCUCCUCCAUGGUGAGAAUCAACUGUGGUUAAAGUUUGUUUCUUUUUUUGGUUCACAGACAGCAAAUAAUGCUAUAAGCUGUUUCUUCGUCUUGUCUCUGUACUUCAUUGUGUAUUUUGUGUGUGUGUGCUGCUGGUAUUUGCAUCAUGUAAACUGCUGCUGUACUGGCACACAGCAUUCCAGUGUAAAUAGUUUGUGAUGUACAACUUUAUUUAUGAUCGCAUUCUGACAGUAGAUAAUCUUUACAGUAUGUAUUGCAGGUGAGCAGAUUUGCCAUCAGAGGCAAAUAAACAGAACAGGAGCUCAUGUUUGUCGUUUUCUACUAGAAUGAUGUGUACAAAUUAUCUUUUUAUGAAGCAUGACUAACUGAACAAGAAACAUGAAGUUUUGGCUGAUUUGUUGUAAAUAUCAAGUAAAACUGACAUCAAAAUGUUAAUGGGAGGGAACUUUUUGGAUGUAACAUCAUGUUUUGUAUCUCGCUGUGAUCAUCUACUCUCAUUCACUCUGUGAUGCCAUUAAAAAAACCCUUUGUGUAUCUUU